GUGUAUUCUGUAAAAUCGUAUUUGUUGGAGUUUAUGGGUAAUAUUUCCCAAGAGUCUUUGGUUUGAAAAACCGUAAAAAAGCAAAAUAUAAAACAUGGAUUUUAAAACACAAGUAUUACUUUCUCCCGAAUUUGAUGGUACAUCAAAUGGGGAAACCGAUGAACCUAUUCUUCAAUAUUAUCAAUUUGUACAAGAUGAAGAAACACCUUUACUGGAAGCUGAAAAUAAUGUGGUUUUUAUUAAAUGUGAAAACUUAUUGGGGGUAAAUGAUGAUAAAUUAAUUGAAGAAAUUGAUUUAAAUAUGACCGCAACAGAAAAUUUUCAACUUGAAGAACCCUUAAUAAAUAUUUCGAAUUUAGAACCAGUUACACUUUUAGAUGGAUCCACUGCAUACUUAGCUAUGAAUUCAGAAGAUCAAUACUCGCAAUUAAAAUUAAGUAACGGCGAUUACGCUCUAGUUCAAUUAAAAGUUGUACAAUCUUUACCAUCUCCGUUAAUGAAAGAUGAUUCUAUUUUAAACGAAGAAAUAUCCGUGGAUGAAAUUGUAAAAAAUAAAAAACGAGCACACCCAUGUCUAUAUGAUGGUUGUGGGAAAUUAUAUGCUACUGUGCAUCAUCUUAAGGUGCAUGAAAGAUCGCAUACAGGCGCCAGACCUUAUAAAUGUGAAUAUCAAAAUUGUAAUAAAGCAUUUGCGACCACAUAUUCGUUGAAAACGCAUUUUCGAAUUCAUACUGGUGAAAAACCGUAUAAAUGUUCUGUAUGUGAGAAGCAAUUUAAAACAUCUGGUGAUUUACAGAAACAUACUCGAAUUCAUACAGGAGAAAGGCCAUUUACAUGCCCAUAUGAAGGUUGUAACCAGUCGUUUACAACAUCAAAUAUACGUAAAGUACAUUUACGGACACACACAGGAGAAAGACCAUAUAAAUGUAAUGUUGUCGAAUGUGGCAAAACAUUUGUAUCGGCUACAAAUUAUAAGAAUCAUAUGCGAAUACAUAGCGGAGAGAAGCCUUAUGUUUGUAAAGAAGUUGGUUGUACAAAACGAUUUACGGAAUAUUCAUCACUAUAUAAACAUCAAAUUGUCCACAAAGUACAAAAACAAAAAGUCUGUAAUGUUUGUGGUAAACUCUAUCGACAAACAUCAACAUUAAUACAACAUAUGAAAAUAUCACACAGUACCUAUAAUAUAAAUGAAUUAACUGCAAAUAUGGAAGAAGAUAAUAAUUGUUUGCCAACAUCAUCUUCAUCGGCGAAUGCUGCUGAUCCAUUAGCAGAUAAUAUAUUAAACAGUGAUGAUACAGAUGCCAUAUUAGGUGAUGAUAAUGUUAAUGAUGGCUGCUUAGAAACAUCUAAUAAUGAUGAAGUAUUAAUCACAGAUAUGGAAGGGAAUCCAGUAAUUUUAAGAAAAUAUUUUAAAGUCUAAAUAAUGAAUUUGUAUGUAGUGUAGUCAAUGGAGCAGUAAAAAUAAGUCAAAUAUACUGCCCCGCAAAAAAAAAUGGUGCACUUAAAUUUUCUCGUAAUUUCAUACAAGUAUAUCUCAACAAAAAAUUAUUGGAACUGAAUGAAAUAUUUAUCAUACGAUAG